AUGAGUGUCCAGGUCAUUGCUCGCAUUCGGCCUCUUCUAAAAACAGAACGAGAGUGUGAUGUUAUUGUCCAGCCAUGUUCGUCAAGUUCGUCCGCCGCCCUACAGAGCGGAAGUGAGGCCCUGUCUAAGACCAAGGAGAACGACAAGCCAUUGAAGGCCAAAAAAGUAAAGAAUGGGAAGGGAGAGGACGCUGAUAUAUCGUUGGCGAAAGCUACGGUAGUCAGGAUACCGAAUCCCAGGAACGAAGGGGAGGACUUCAGCUUCAAGUUCCAUUCGGUAUAUGAUGGCACUGCAACCCAGCAGGAUAUAUUUGAUGCAGAAGUGGCGCCUACUCUUAAACACCUCUUCAAUGGGUUUGAUGUUACUCUCUUCGCAUACGGUGUUACGGGAACCGGGAAGACGCAUACAAUGCGAGGCGGGAAGAGCCUGGCGGACCGCGGCGUGAUUCCUCGACUGCUGAGCGGGAUCUAUAGACGAUGCCGCAAGCUUGAGCGAGAUACGGAAGGACGAACCAAGGUCGAAGUCGCUAUGAGCUAUUAUGAGAUAUAUAAUGACAAGAUAUUCGAUCUUUUUGAACCGGUGGAAAAGAGGACGCCGGCUGGACUGCCGUUGAGAGAUAACGGCGUCAAGACUGUUGUUGUUGGGUUGACGGAGCGGCCUUGUACCAGCUUAAAGGAGUUUGAAGUUAUAUACGACCAAGCAAACAUGAACAGGUCGACUUCUGCCACGAAGCUCAAUGCGCAUUCAUCUAGAUCUCAUGCAGUGCUUUCUGUGAAGUUGACGGUGACCACAGAGCAUCAGGCACGAAUCAGCACUGCAUCAUGCAUUGACCUUGCAGGUUCUGAAGAUAAUCGCCGUACGGAAAAUGGCAAGGAGAGGAUGGUAGAAUCUGCAAGUAUCAACAGAAGUCUGUUUGUGCUGGCACAGUGCGUUGAAGCCAUCAACAAAAAGCAGGCCAGAGUGCCGUACAGGGAGUCUAAGAUGACUAGAAUUCUGGGAUUAGGCCAGAAUAAUGGCCUUACCAUUAUGAUCUUGAACCUUGCCCCUGUUCGGUCGUUCCACCUUGACACUCUGAGCUCACUCAACUUUGCCAACAGGACAAAGAAGAUCGAGUCGAGGGAGAUUGAGAAUGAACCCAUGUUCAAGGGACCACCUCGGCCUGCAGCAGGCCGUGUCACCGGUACUGGGGUGAAGAGACAGCCCUUGCGGCCCCUUGCUGCAUCAAUAAAUGCAAACAUUGCCGCUGUGACAGCUGAAGCCCGAAAGCCAUCAGACGGAAAGCCAGCGAAGGCCUUUGCGGUGUACACCGACAUAUCACAUUCGAAGAGUUCUACCAAGCCAGGGGCCUCUGAGGCUGCUCAACGAAAGUCGCCUUUGAAGAGAAGAUCUGGAAAUGGCCAUCAGCCAGGCCCCAGACCGUCCAAGAUGGCUCGAACAGAGGAGAGGCUACAGCAUGGUAUGAGCAGCAUGUCAGCUGCGAAGUUUGAAGAGCUGGUUGAGAAGAAAGUAAGAGAAGUGCUCUCAGCUCGCCAGUCGGAUGACUUUGAGACCGAGUCCAAGGAGUUGAACAAGCAAGUGCAGCGCCGACUUGAGCUCCUGGAGCAGCGGAUCGACGAGACCGAGGACUCCAGGGCUGACGGGCUUUCAUAUCUCCUUAUGGCCAAACAGCAUCAGGCGCGAGGUGAAUAUUCAUCUGCUCUGAGAAUGUAUGAACUUGCCCAGCCAUUCUUCCCGAAAAAUGCCAAACUAGCUCUUAAGAUUGAGGCACUCCGGUGUGAAAAAGCAGCAGGAAAAAAGAUUACAGUGGAGUUCCAAGAGCAGUCUGAGAACCCUGGAGAGAAUGGGGAAGAGCCUUGUGAGGGUGAUUAUGAUGAAGCGUCUACUACUGAUGCUCCUCACCGGAGGCCUAGACAGAUACGCACCAAGGCCUCUCCAUUGUCUCCGGAGACAUUACCAAGCAAUGCAGAAGGGAAAGAAGAGGGAGGACUGUCCCCUCGCUCUUCACAUAUCUUGUCGGUGAUCAAUACCCGGGAUAUUGAGCAGAUCAAAUUGCUGCGUGGAGUAGGGGUUAAGAAGGCCGAAUGCAUUGUCGACCGUCUAUGUGACAUGGACGGCGGAGCUGAAGGUCACAUCCAGCUUCACAGCCUUGCGGAUCUUGAGAAGAUGAAGGGACCUGUUACUUAUUCACUAUUUCUUGUUCACCAUCGUCAUCAUCACUGUCUCAUCGACUUCUGGCCCGCCGUCGUAUCUUCUAUCAACUUUGGCGCUGUGGCCGGAGGACGGCGAGCCCUGCGCUGUGAUUGGCUGGCAGCAGAAGGCCACCGUGACCCCAAAGAAAAACAUCCAAACUUCGAUGCUCGACGGGCCAAAGCAGCAUCACGACUCGCCACGAACUUCGCACUCGCAGCACAGCUUGUCCAAGGGACUAACGGCAGCUUGACCUUGGUGAACAGCGUCUUGCUAUCUCGAGGAUAUACCGUCCCUGAUGUUCGCUCUGUGAAGGAAAAACAAUACGCAGCAACAGGAAACUACCCGCCUCCGGGUCAAGAAGGCUACGGUCAGCAACAACCAGACACGCAACAUCCACAAAGACCUCCAGCUCACACUGUUUUAGGCGCUCCUGGAGCACCCAAUGCGCCUCCGCAUGAUAGCGCGCCUGCUCCAGCACACUCCCAUGGCCGAAAGAAACGUGCAUACGCCAACCAAGCAUUCGACUUCGGUGUUGGUGCCAAUGCUGCCCUGAACCAGCCGGGAGUGGGAGCUGAAGGGUAUGGAUAUCCAGGCGCUCAGCAGCCACAGGGUUAUCCCCAGGGAGCUGUGUAUCCUGGCCAGCAGCAAGCUCCGGUGCCGGCUGCACCCUAUCCUGGCGCAGAUGCGGGAUACCAGCCGCCUGCUCCCUCAUAUCCGCCUCAGCCGGGCCCUGGUAUGGCACAGAUAACGCAGCAGAUGGGGCAAAUGAGUAUGGGAGACCAGCAACAGCCGCAGCCUGGAAUGCAGCGGCCGGUGCAGCUCAAUCAGCUCUAUCCAACGGACCUACUCACACAUCCAUUCAAUGUUGCCGAACUCGACUACCCUCCACCUCCAAUUGUUCUACCCCCAAACACAAGCGUGACACCUUCGGUGUACGCAAACUGUCCCGCACAAUACGUUCGGUCUACUCUCAAUGCUGUGCCAACUACCAACUCUCUCCUGAAGAAGUCACGUCUGCCUUUCGCCCUUGUUAUCCAGCCAUAUGCCUCUCUUCACGACUCCGAGGACGAGAUUCCAGUUGUGUCGGAUCAGGUCAUCUCUCGAUGUCGGCGUUGUCGCUCAUAUAUCAACCCUUUCGUUACCUUCCUCGACCAUGGCCACCGUUGGAGAUGUAACAUGUGCAGCUUAACGAAUGACGUACCACAGGCGUUUGAUUGGGAUGCUGCAGCACAAAAGGCGCUGGACCGAUGGCAGAGACCAGACCUCAACCACUCUGUUGUAGAGUUUGUUGCUCCACAGGAGUACAUGGUCCGACCACCACAGCCACUUGUCUAUCUCUUCCUCAUUGAUGUUAGUUAUGCAUCAGUUACCAGUGGACUGCUGGCUACCGCCGCGCGCUGCAUUCGGGAAAGCCUCGACCGGAUACCAAAUGCUGAUCGCCGAACCAGAAUCGGCUUUAUUGCAGUUGAUUCUAGUCUUUAUUACUUCACCAUCCCCCGCGAUGGAUCGGAGAGCUCUGAGCCUAAUAUGUUAGUUGUUAGUGACUUGGAUGAACCUUUCAUGCCCAUUCCCGGCGAUCUUUUGAUAACUUUGGCUGAAUCCCGCGAAAACAUCGAGAGCUUCCUUGAUAAACUACAAGAGAUGUUCCAGAAUACCCAAAAUCCUGGGUCUGCCAUGGGAUCUGCGCUUAGAGCGGGCCACCAGCUCAUCGGACCUGUCGGUGGUAAGCUUACCGUUUUGACUGCCUCAUUACCGAACAUGGGAUUCGGCAGCCUAGAGAUGAGAGAAGAUAAGAAGGUCCUCGGCACAAGUAAGGAGAGCAGCUUGCUGCAAACCGGCAACAGCUUUUACAAGAGCUUUGCUGUCGAAUGCUCCAAACAGCAGAUAUCCGUUGAUAUGUUCUUGUUCUCUUCUCAAUACCAAGACGUGGCCUCUCUCAGUAACCUGCCCAGAUACACCGGCGGUCAGACAUACUUUUACCCUGGCUGGAAUGCCGCCAGGAGCGAAGAUGCCAUCAAAUUUGCCAAGGAGUUCUCUGACUACUUGUCAUCCGAAAUUGGCCUCGAGGCUGUCCUUCGUGUUCGCGCAACCACUGGCCUACGGAUGAACACGUUUUACGGCAACUUCUUUAACAGGAGUUCUGAUCUCUGUGCUUUCCCUGCUUUCCCCCGUGACCAGGCCUAUGUUGUAGAGGUCGCCAUUGAUGAAACCGUCACCAAACCCGUCGUGUGUCUGCAGACUGCUGUUUUGCACACCACUUGCAAUGGGGAACGGAGAAUCAGGGUUCUAACCUUGGCUCUGCCAACUACUCAGAAUCUGGCCGAUGUAUACGCUUCUGCUGAUCAGUGUGCUAUUGCUACUUACUUCAGUCAUAAGGCUGUUGAGCGUACUCUCGGGGGUGGCCUCGACGCAGCCAGGGAUGCCCUACAGGCUAAGAUCAUAGAGCUACUCUCUACAUAUAGAAAGGAGCUGGCUGGUGGCAGUGUAGGCGGUGGUGGUCUGCAAUUCCCUGCUAACUUACGUGGACUACCCAUCUUAUUUUUGGCAAUGAUGAAGAACCUUGGUCUCCGAAAAUCCGCUCAAAUACCUACCGACAUGCGAUCCGCUGCUCUCUGUCUCCUCUCUACUCUGCCUCUUCCUCUCCUCAUCCAAUACAUUUAUCCCAAGAUGUACUCUCUUCACGACAUGCCCGAUGACGCCGGCAUCCCUCACCCGGAAACAGGAAAAAUCGUGCUCCCACCUUUGACUAACCUUUCAUCCGAGCGUCUUGUACCGCAUGGCAUGUAUCUGAUUGACGACGGCCAGACCCAGUUCCUCUGGAUCGGUCGCGAUGCUGUACCACAGCUCAUCAACGAUGUAUUCGGGCUCAGCGACAAGUCUCUUCUCCGAGUAGGCAAGCAGGUCCUGCCAGAGACAGAGAAUGACUUCAAUGAGCGUGUCAGGGCAGUCAUCAGCAAGAGCCGAGACAAGCUGUCGCGAGGCGUAGGAAGCAUCAUCUCACCCCAUCUCUACGUAGUGAAAGAAGACGGCGAGCCCGGACUAAGGCUAUGGGCACAGUCUAUGAUGGUAGAGGACCGCGCAGACCAGAGCGUUAGUCUGCAGCAGUGGAUGGGCCUGUUGCGAGAGAAGGUAAGCCUCCCUCCCUCUUCUUUGAGUAUCUGGCCAUGCAGCUAA